AUGGUCAGCACGCCCAUGCCUCCUGAUUUUCUCAUUCCUGAGUUUUCGACUAGAUUCUACGGUGAUCCGACCAUAUAUGCUUUGUCAACUGCUCCUGGUCGAGCUGCCAUUGCCAUCAUUCGCAUCUCUGGCCCAGCAUGCAAUCAUGUCUACAGAAGCCUUUGCCCUGGACAGAAGCCUUUAAAGCCUCGUUACGCUUCUGUGCGCACCCUGUAUCGUCCUGGGGCCAAACCCACGCCUGAUAACCUCUUGGACUCUAGUGCUCUGCUUCUCUAUUUUCCAGCUCCGAACACAGUCACUGGAGAGGAUCUUCUCGAACUGCAUGUGCAUGGAGGUACCGCUGUUGUGCGAGCUGUCUUGUCUGCCAUUCCACAGUGUUCGCCUACUAUGGGAGCUAUUCGCUACGCAGAGGCUGGCGAGUUCACUAGGAGAGCUUUCAUGAAUGAUCGUCUGGACUUGACUCAGGUCGAAGCUCUGGGAGACACUCUCUCUGCAAACACUGAGCAGCAGCGUCGUUUGUCGGUCCGCGGCACCACCAACAAUCUGUCUCUUCGUUAUGAAUCUUGGCGCCAGAUGCUUCUUGCAGCCAGAGGUGAGCUUGAAGCUCUAAUAGACUUCUCCGAGGACCAGCACUUCGACGAAUCGCCAGCUGAACUGGCCUCUUCCGUUGCCGGCCAAGUCCAGGAUCUGGUUCUUCUGAUCGACACACAUCGUCGCAAUGCGAUGCGUGGUGAGCUGCUCAGAAACGGUAUUGCCAUCAGCUUGCUCGGUGCUCCCAACGCUGGCAAAAGCAGUCUGCUCAACCGUAUUGUGGGCCGCGAAGCUGCUAUCGUCAGCCAGGAAGCAGGAACUACCCGAGAUGUGGUCGAAGUGGGGAUUGACCUGGGUGGCUACCUCUGCCGCUUAGGCGACACUGCAGGCUUGAGAAGUGCCGUUCUUGCGACCGCCGAAGCUCGAAGGGAGCACAUGCAGGAGAAGAUAAGCAUGAUCGAGAAGGAGGGCAUGAGACGCGCUAAGCAGAGAGCUAUCGAGAGCGACGUUGUCAUUGUUGUCUUGUCUCUGGAGCUCGAAGGCAAGAACGUAGUCUUGAGACCAGAUCCGGAGGUCACCGACACUGCUGCCGAGCUCGCGAAACAAAAGUCAAAUGUGCUGGUCGUGCUAAACAAGGUCGAUUUGCUUUCGGGCCACGCAUCAGAGCUAGAAAACUAUAGACGGCAGGUCGCCGAUGCACUCCCACAUGUCAGACUCGAGAACAUUUUUGCCAUCUCCUGCAAGGAUGCAGAUUUAUCAACUUCACCAGAUGCUGGGCAUAUUCCGACUUUCCUCUCUGGCCUCAUUCGGCAAUUCGAAGACAUGACUUCGGCUGUCGCAGCUACAGAUGACGACACAGAUCCCUCUGUUUGGCAAGAGUCGCUAGGAGCGACUGAACGCCACAGACUUCUCCUCGACGAAUGCCAGUUUCAUCUUGAGCAAUUCCUUGGUCAUGUCGAGGCAGGAACCCGGCCCGCUGGAGACUCCAAUCUGGAAGAACAGGAUGUCGACAUUGUCCUUGCCGCAGAGAACCUGCGCGAUGCUGCAACCUGUCUUGCUAGAAUCACCGGCAAGGGUGAAGCCGGAGAUGUUGAAGAAGUACUCGGUGUUGUGUUCGAGAAGUUUUGCGUUGGCAAAUGA